AUGGCAUCCACCGCCGGCGCCGCCGCGAGAUCGAUACUCCGUUCAUGUUCAGGUCGCCGCACCGCGUUCCGUCUCGGUUCGGAAGCUAAGGCAGCUCGUUCUCCCUUCCGCGUUGCUUCCAAUAAGCCUCUCUCCCAAUCAACACUGAGGUGUCCCGUUGAAUUGAGCUUUUGUGUGGAAUCCAUGCUACCGUACCAUACGGCAACUGCUUCUGCUUUGAUGACUUCAAUGCUCUCCGUGUCUCGCCACAGCUACGGUUGGCUUCCUGAAGGUAUAGUUUCUGCUUCUUCUGCACUGCAAUCUAUAAUUUUGGAAUCAAAGGCAAAGAGAAGACUAUUUGAAGAUCAAGAAGCAAGUUUAAUUUCGCAUCCUGCUUUAAAGGGUCAAUUGAUAGUCGAGGCGUAUACUGAUCUCUUUUGUUUAAUCAGAUUGCAAUGA